AUCCAAACUCCACAGUUGCUACUUGCUCCCAUUCCUCUCUCUCUCUCCAGAAUGGCUUCGCACGUCCUCCCCACGACACCACCACCGCGCAUGCUCUCCCCAUCGAGCAGCUCAAGCCCUAAACUCCCCGAACGAACGCCGCGACCUUCCUUCUCUGUCAGAACCUCUCUCUCCACCAGUUCCCUAUCCCCGCACGCCGCCGGCAGCUUCGCCGCCCCAUUCUCCGGCCUCGAGACCCGACCUGCCUCUCUCGCUCCUCGCUCUCCGUCCCCUUCACCCUCUCGCGCCAAGCGAAGCGUCGUCACCAUGGGACUACGCCGUCGAAUCCCAAGCGUCCUCACCGUGGAAAAACGCAGUGGAAAGCCAUUCAAUAAAUUCGAUCAUUCUCCUCCAGAUCUAGACUCGUAUUAUUUCCAACAUCGAAUUGUUUUCUUGACCGCACCUCUACUUCCCACCACGAUCGAAAUGAUAAUGCAAGAGCUACUUUUCCUGGCAUAUGAAGAUCUCGAGCAGCCAAUAUACAUGUACAUAAAUUCCACCGGCACGAUGGAGGAUGACUAUUGUUUCGGUCGUGAGCGCGAGGCAUUUGUAAUUCUUGAUCAUAUGAGGUGUUUAGGACCUCCUGUUUUUACACUGUGUGUUGGCCAUGCUUGGGGAGAAGCAGCCUUAAUCUUGGCUUCUGGUGUAAAAGGACAUCGUACUGCGUUGCCUUCAUCAACCAUUAUGAUUAGGGAGCCAAUGGAUGAAUUUGAAGGGCAAGCAUCAAAUGUGGAAGGUGAUAGGAAGGAAUUACAGCUUAUCAAGCAAGCUAUGGUUGAAGUCUUUGCCGAGCGUACAGGAAAGACAAAACAGCAGAUCGAAACUGAUAUCAGGCGCCCAAAGUACUUCAGUGCGAGUGAAGCGGUUGAAUAUGGCCUUAUAGAUAAGGUACUUAGCAAUGCGAGGGUCGAAAUAGGUAAAGGAGCUGUUGCUAAGGGGCAACCUGUAACUAGUGGUAUCUAAAGAUGGGAAGUGAUUCUGGGGAAUUUCCAGCUUCAGCUAGCCCCUUGACCUUGGGAGAUGCUCAAAUGAAAUGCUGAAAUGGAAAGCGGACUCAAGACCAGAUUUUGGAAAGAGCAACUCCAGAGCGAAAACAAGCGCCCACUUUUAAAGAGGAGCAUUCUGCACAAAAUAAUAAUACUAACUGUACCUGUAUGGCUAUAUCUUGCUAAAACACUGUUGGCACUGGUUAUCUUGUUGAUAUGUUGUGUUCGUUAAAGGUAUCAGAAUUGAAAUGUUUUGCGAACAUAUACAUAUUGCCUGAAUUAAAUUCAAAAAUGAAGGAGACAAAA